AUGAAAGCAGCCCUCUCUGUGUUGUGUCUUGUGCUUUUGGUUUCGGUUUUAGAAGCAGCAGUAACCAAACCAAUUUCUGGAAGUUUUGUCGAAUGCCUUCGCUAUCGGACUACUCCAGAGAGUCCAAUCACCGGUGCUAUCUUCACCGCCGACAACACCACCACCUUCUUGUCUUCUUACGUGUCAUACACGAAAAACAAGAGAUUCUCGAGCCCUAACUACACAAAACUACUAGCCAUCGUAGCGGCGAAACAUGUAUCUCAUGUUCAGGCAACGGUGAUCUGCGCAAAGACCAAUGGUAUACAACUCCGUACCCGAAGCGGCGGUCAUGACUACGAAGGCCUUUCUUACACGUCGUCUAUGCCAUUUGUUAUUCUUGAUAUGUUCAAUCUCAGGUCUAUUACAGUUGACGUGUCAAGCAAGAAAGCAUGGGUUCAAGCUGGUGCGACCUUGGGAGAGCUCUACACAAAGAUCAAUGAAGCAAGCCAAACGUUAGCGUUCCCGGCUGGCGUUUGCCCUACGGUAGGAGCUGGUGGGCACAUAAGCGGUGGAGGGUUUGGAAAUCUGAUGAGAAAAUUCGGAAUCACUGUGGAUCAUGUCGUCGAUGCUCAAUUGAUUGAUGUUAACGGCAAGCUCUUUAAUCGAGCUACUAUGGGAGAAGAUCUCUUUUGGGCCAUUCGCGGUGGUGGGGGUGCUAGUUUCGGAGUUAUACUUUCUUGGAAAAUAAACCUCGUCGACGUUCCAAAUAUCUUGACAGUGUUUAAGGUAACCAAAACAUUGGCACAAGGAGGCACUGAUGUUCUCUACAAGUGGCAGCUUGUCGCGACUAAAUUCCCUGACGAUCUUUUCAUUAGAGCCUGGCCUCAGGUUGUAAAAGGAACAAAACGUGGGGAGAAAACCAUCGCGGUUGUAUUCUUUGCUCAGUUCUUGGGUCCAACCGAUAAGCUAAUGGCAAUAAUGAACCAGAGCUUUCCUGAAUUAGGGCUAAGACGUGAAGACUGCCACGAAAUGAGCUGGUUUAAGACAACGUUGUUUUGGGCGGAUUACCCCGUCGGUACACGGACGAGCAUUCUUCUAGAUAGACCGUCAAGUCCAGGAGAAUUUUUCAAGAGCAAAUCGGAUAACGUCAAAAAACCAAUCCCAAAAGAAGGAUUAGAGAAGCUUUGGAAGACAAUGUUGAAAUUCAACUUUGUCUGGAUCGAAUUCAAUCCUUUGGGUGGAGUGAUGGACAGGAUUCCCGCUACAGCCACAGCGUUUCCUCACAGAAGAGGAAACUUGUUCAUUCUUCAAUACUCUACAAUAUGGUUGGACGCAAAGGCCACAGAGACUAAGCUGAGUAUGAUGAAGGAGCUUCACGAUGUCGCGGAACCGUACGUGUCAAGUAACCCUAGAGAGGCCUUCUUUAAUUUCAGAGACAUCGACAUUGGAAGCAAUCCGAGUGGUGAGACUAGCGUGGAUAAGGCUAAGAUAUAUGGAUACAAGUAUUUCUUGGGGAAUUUUAAGAGAUUGAUGCAAGUCAAAGCCAAGUAUGAUCCUGAGAAUUUCUUCAAGAACGAGCAGAGUAUUCCUCCUUUUGCGUAA